CAUCGCGCACGGCCCGUGUCAGUCCACCACAAUCUGGCGCCAAUUAGCCGCCGUACCUUCGAACCGAUCGAGAUUUGUUGGUCCGGCGCCAAGUGGCGCGAGCAGCAACUUCUGGCCGGCACCGUGGCGUCGCCACGGUCGUCGUACUGCAACGGCAGCAUGCGAAUCGGCGAUCUGAAGCGAGCUGUCGAAGAUGUGAUCCUGAGACCUGAUCAGAAUCCUCUCAACGAUCUCGACAAACGUGACACGAUCGCCGCGCUCGAUCUUUGCCAGCCCGAGCCGUCACCUCCGCUACCCGCAUGCCAGCCGUCAGCAGCGUCAAUGAACGCGUGUUCGUGUUCGAGUGAAACGGUACCAGUGGACGUGCCUCGUCCACCACCCCCGCUCUGCACCAGCACCAGUCUCGAUACGAUUGUAAAUCGCCCACAACCAGUCCUGUAUCGACACUCAGCUGGUGUAUCUCGGCGACAAAGUCGUGUACUAUCAACGUUGCAGUCGAAAAGAAAACGCAGUAAUUCGCUGACGAACUACCAGAAAACUUUCAUCUACGCCGUUCUCGACAGACACCAAUGCGAUUCGGCGAUGAUGAUCCUCACAGAAGUUCACUUGGUCUAUUCCGACGUCUCAUUCUUAUCUGUAGGCCCGAAGCGAAGAUUAUUCUCAGGAUUACGUAGCCGAAGAGGACGAAACAAUCAGUAUACGGAACCGGAUACGGCGCCACCACCUUCUAAAAUUACCUCGCUUCCGGCGAACUUCAACCCCUAUUUGACGUACCGCAAUCACGACGAUCUUUUGCUAGACACCGGUGAAACCCAAGAGAAAAACUUGGAAUUUGGUCAUGCGAGAAACUGCUGUGAGCACGAUCUAUAUUAG